ACAACGCACAUGUAUGGAAGAAUGCCCUGGGCGGAUGGGGGAAGAUCACACACAACACCACCACUAAGCUUAUACCGUUUACUCAAAACCAUGUUACACACAAUGGCGUUGCCGCUCUUCAAUAUGUAAGCCUAAUAUAAGAUGGGAGCAACGUCCUUAAGCAUUUAUUGCCCAUGUUUUAUUUUAAAAUUAUGUGUAUUGCAGUGAACAACAGUUUAAAUGGGCUUUAAUGACGUUGACCUUGAAAGUGUAAGCAGCCGACUUGCUGUGCUAUUUUUAACUUGCCUGUAAACAAAGAUCGAAAGUCUCGGCAUCGGAGCAGUCGCAACAUUUCACACUGAAGGACUUUAACUCCUCUUGGCAGUAGUUGCAAUACAAUCUUGGGGGGCUCUCUGAAAGAAAAAUAAUGUAAAAUGUUAAUAAAGUAGAUUAGUCGACAUAAAAACACGUUAAAGUUCAAAUAAACAGUCGAUAAACAGAGUAACUCACCGGCCAUUUCUGGGGACGGACGGGGAAUUCUCGCACACCGGCAGCUGAUGACGUCAUUAGACCUUCACCCACAAUGCAACUUUGUCUGUUGCAGAGAAAAAAAGAGAAAACUUGCCGAUCAAGAUUGAAAUGGCAGGACCUUCUGUAAAACUCAGCCUUGAAUCUCUACAGGAGCACAAAGUGCAAGAAAUUUCUCUCGAUGGAUUGGAGACUUACACAAAACCCCUGUCUAUGUCAGAAAACUUGGCAAAAUUGGCCCACAAGAUAGAUUUCGCUACCCAGUCUGAUGCUGAAUCACCACAGAAAGAUGCUCAGGACACAGAAGAUAAAGAGGCUACAACUUCAUUCCAGCAGCCACAAUGGCCAUGGGAGUCAGUGAGGAACAAAGUCAGGGCUGCUUUGACAGAGAUGAGUGUACUGUCAGAUGUUCUUCACAUAGCCAGAUCAGCCAACAAGGAACAACCCUACAUGGUACUGGAUCCAGUAUCAGUAGAGGGAAGCACACCCAAGCAGCAUGCUCUGCAAAUUGUUGAAAAAAAGAAGAGUUUGGAUGCAGCUGCCAGCAUCUUGACCAAUGGAGCUACCCGCAUGCUGCAGUCCAGACGAUUUGGAGGCAGCGCAGAGAAGAAGAAUGCAAAGGAUGAUUUCUUUGGAGAACUCCAUCGACUCAGAAUGCAUUGGAGGCUGAAGAAAAUUGGCAACAACAUUCUAGGAGAUCUUAGCUUCAAGACUGCUGGUUCUCGUUUUUGGCACACGGGCACCUUUGAAGUGGCUAAGUCUACUGACCAGGAGAUAGAGGAGGCUGAACAGAAAGGUAUCCCACCUUGUGCUAUUAGGGUUACCAUACCAUCUGAUCUACAGGGUACUAGCUACAUACAGGUGCUAAUACAAGAAGGCCAAGCUGAUAUUGCCAGUGCCUUGGUGCAGAAUCCCAGCAGAAGCCAUGUCUCUUCUGAUGCGCACUGGCAGGAGAGGUUAGAAGCUGCUCAGAAUGUUCUCUUCUGUAAGGAACUCUUUGCACAGAUUGCUAGAGAAGCAGUGCAACUAAAAGCACCAGUCCCUCACCUUGUAGUUGGGAAUCAGAUAAUCUCUCACAUCUUUCAUGGUGUUCAACUCUGUAUCACACUUUGUCAUGACACUAAUAUGGACAAAAAGACUGAGGCUGCAGUGAAACCAAACCAUAGCCAUGCCCUUGAGCAUUCCCUCCAUCAGUUGCUUCGAGAACUUCACCGUGGCAACCUGAAUGGAGCUACCCCUAGGCCUAUCACAGCUGUUCACACUGCAGCGGCAAAACGUAGGAGAACUAUGUCUCUUCAGGCUGCAGGGCACAAGGAAAUUGCUCAAAUUCAACAGACGGAAUGUUUACUGGAGAAGAUUAUGAAGCAGGCAAAGCACAUUGUCCUCAGGCACAGGGUUGGGAAGUUACUAGAUGACAUGUCAGGAGAGUAUGAAGAUCCCAGUAUCCAGGCACAUUGGGGAGCUAUGACUCAACCAUUGCAAUCAACAGUCAAAGUUCAUAUGACCUCCAGUGGAUACAUCUAUGAACAACUACUCAGGUCUUCUCUCCACUUAUGUGUAGAGACGGAAAGUAUUCAGGCGGUAAUGAAAGAUGGGCGGGUCGUUAAACUUACACACCAUCUACAAGAACUACGAGAUCUCAUCACGUGUAUGGUCUCGCAACAUCAAGUGUUAAUCCUGGCCCAGCUAUGUAAACACAUGAGCAUGCACAUGCUUCAAAAUAACAUUCAAGUUGGGACAGGACCAGCUGCCAAGCUAGGCAGUACCUCAGCACUCAUGUUCACAACACCCAAUGGUCAGAAGACUGUAGCAGUGCGCUCUGAUCCCCUGGAAGGCAUCACCGUGAUGGUUCAGGGGUGCAAGGCAUCGCCCCUUUUACCCCAACCUGAGAUCCUCAGCGAUGUUGUUACCGAUGAGAAGUGGGAGAAUCUACCCAAGGGCUUCCGGGAGGUGGACAUGGCUCGGAUGCCAGGACGAAACUUCAUCCAUAAGAUGGAGAUGCUUCUCGCAACCCUUGCCAAAUGAGACUACACAAUGAAAGCAUUGGACUGUAUGAUGUAAAAUGUAAUGAGGGUAACUCCUUAUACACUGGAAUAAACAUGUUUUAUGCAUUGUUUCAUAGGUGCUAGCUCUCACAGCAGUGCAUGAGCCCCAGUUUGCCCCCAGCCUCUCCAUCCAGCCAGCGCUUUUAAGAACAGCUUAUAAGUUAAGUCAGUAGAGAACUCUAUAAAGUCAUGUCCGACAUGGAAAGCUGGCUAGCCUGGCUGAUUCCUGAGUAUUGAAUAAAGGGUGAUCAGGUACUCGGACCACUUUGUGCAUGAGCAAAGAAGAAAUGUAAUACAUACCUUUCUUAAUACCCUGUUCCCACUGCCGUUCACCUGUUAUGAUUGGCGUGUCGUAGCUGAACAGGAAAUUUUUUUAACCAUCAGAAUAUUUCUCUACAAUCACGACUGACCUUAAGAUCUGACACAAUCAAUACAAUUAAUCCAUGAUUUAGACCACGGUUUCAAUCGUGCAAAUGAUGAAAGUGGAAACUAGGUAAAAUAGCAUAUUGGAAGGAACAUUUCUUUCAGUUUGAAUAUAAGUGUUUCUUUAAAAGGUUUCACUGUCUUAAGGAGUUAAAGGUUGUACUGUGUGGACAUACAUGUAACUCUCCUAAGGGAAAAGACUCCCUCUUGCCAUGCUAACGAAAUCUAUUAUUCCUCCUUUCAUGAUAGUCUUUUGUGAUUCAAAUAUUUAUCACAAAACACAUUGAAAUCAAAUUGGGCAUUCCCUAAGGAAUUACUGGUAUUCAGUGGCAUAGAUAUGUAAUGAUUUAUUGAUUUGUUUGGUAGUUCACAAUCCAAUUAUUCAGAGAUAUUGAUCAAUGCAUGAUUGAUGGCAUAGAAAUAUGCAUUUCCAAAGUAAUCAUGUUAUUUCAUAUGAAUUUUCUUAUCACAAGCAUGGGUCCUUAUGUUUCUUUAGAAAAAAUUGUAAACAAAAUUCAUUCACAAUUAACUCACAAGUUUCAGAAUUGUUAAAAAAAUAUUGAUUUUAUAUUUAUCAUGUAACAUGUACAUGUAGAAGUAAUGGAUAAGUGAUAUUAAAUUGCUUUAUAUAAAAAGUAA